AAAAACUCUGUGGACUCUGUAAAAAUUUUUUUUUGUGCGAUGACGUCAUUCAAAUUUAAAAUUACGUUUACGUGUCCAUAUAUUUGAGCAUUGCUCUCUUCUAUAAUCUAAGCAUUACACUGAAUGCGUCUCAAAAUGAACUUUUAAGCGGCUUUGGAGAUCAAUACAACAAAGCGUGAUGCCCGUGAUGACUAGGCUAUGUACAAAAAAAUAUGCUUUUAUCGUAUUGAUUGUGGUUUUCUGGGCUAGCGUCUUAUUUUACAAAUAGUCACUUUGUACGUCUAUUUCUGAAGGAUUUUAAGAUAUCUUUCACAAGAUAUCCAGGCGGUAAACAUUGUAAAGAAGGAGUUUUUGAGUGAAAGCGGUGGAAUGGCCAUUUUUUUUAUUACAACAGCAUUGCCAAUUAGUUUUCACUCUUUACUACUUUCACUGUCUGUCUGCAAUAUUUAUUUACUGUGGUAGCGAACUCUUUCUGAUAUCACAGAGUAGGUACAACUGUCAUACAAAAAUAAGAAAUGUUAGAAAUGAAAUUUUCGGGCUUCUUAAAUGUGUUUAUCAUCGCUUUGUGUCUCUGGAAAAGCUCUACGUGCAAAGACGCACUGCCAGCCAAACGUUUCAAAGUAAAUUUAGACGCCGAUCCAUUGGAAAGGUGGGAACCCGUAUUAAAGAAUUUUGAUGCAUCUCUUCUGCGAGAUGUAAUGGACACACUUUUGAAAGAGUACGUCAAAAACAAGGAAUUGAUUGCUUUGGCUGAAGUAAUAGCUAAAGAUCUUGAAAGAUAUUUUCCUCAUCCAUAUGGCGAUGAAAUACGAGGAAUCAGUAACUUUUACAACAUGAAAUUGGGCGACCUCGUACUAGAAAACCUAGCUUAUGACCUAUCAGCAUGGAAUUCAAAUCGUUUCAAGGGUCGAGCUUGUACAAGCAUUGUCACAGUUGAUGAAAAUGGUGGGCUAAUUCACGCGAGAAAUCUUGACUACGUACUUGGAGAUGAAUUGCGGAAGAUAACUGCCGAGAUAGAAUUUCACAAAAGUGGAGAAACUGUAUUUAUUGGAACAACAUACGUUGGCUAUGUCGGGUUGUUGACGGCAGCAAAGCCAAACAAAUUUUCCCUGUCUGGAGAUCAGCGUAACACUGGGUUUCUAUGGGAGAAUAUUUUGGCCGCCUUGGAAAAAUCAUGGCCCACAAUGCUGAUGGCAAGAGAAGUCGUUACAAAGGCUGAUAACUAUGAGUCUGCAAUAGACAUGCUACAAAACGCAAAGACCAUUGCACCGAUGUAUUUCAUAGUGGGUGGACUGAAACCACAAGAAGGGGCCAUAGUAGUUCGGGAUCGAUGGGGAGCAGUCAAUGUUACGAGGAUGAUAGAUACUUCUCAUAAAUGGUUUGUUGUUGAAACAAACUACGACCCUUGGAAGACGCCACCUUCAACAGAUCACAGGAGAGAUGCUGCAGUAAAAUCCAUGAGUGAAUUUGGACAAGAUAAAAUGAAUCCUGAUAAUCUUUAUAAGGUUAUGUCGACACCUCCGGUAUUUAACUCAGAAACAACAUAUACGACAGUAAUGAGUGCCGCAAAUGUGUCUUUAUAUCAUACCAUGAUAAGAUGGGAUCAUCCUACGGAAAACUGACAACUUUUUGAUACCUCCGGAUUACUAAUGUUUUUUCUGUUAUUUUUCUAUAUUUUGUUUCACAUAUAUAUUCCAUUUUACGCAUAUUUUUUUGAUCCAUUUUAUCAUAUACGAUGAUAUACGAUUGAACUCGUAUUUACAAUUUGUGUUGUAAUAUUUAGCUCGUCGGAUCAAUAUAUACUAAUAUUUAGACAUUGAACUUAAAUCAAUUGUGGUUAAUAUUCAAAUUUUAUGAUAUUUGAAUUUGCUUGUAAACACGAAUAAGUAAUUUGAAUAAAUACGGAUACUUAAAUUAAAAUAAUAUAUAUAUUUACCCAACAGUAAAAUAGCAGCGUUUGUUUUAAGAUAUAUAUGUGUUAUAGUGUCUGCUAAUGAUUUUUUGAAAAUAAAUUCAAAAAUAUUAUUUUUUAAUUUUAAUAAAAUCACUUUUCUUUCAUCCAAAGUUUUCCCGAUUAUAAUGACGAGUCCAAACAAAUUUUAUAUAAGGAUACGAUGUCCACCGGCUUUCUUGUUUACUUCUGUAACAUUAGAAAUCCGCUCAGAGACUACUCACAAAGACAGAAUUUCAGGCAUGGCGAUAUAGGCUUACAUCGUUUUCGUGGUUUUUGCUAUUUAUUUGUCAUUUUUUAAUUGUGAUUCCAAAACUUGGGUAUAAAUAAAAUAACUCAAUGGUCAUUUUGGUCUUUUGUGGAGUUUCAGUUU